AUGUCUGGCAAAGAAGAUGUGGAAAAUACCCGCCGCUACGAAGCUCCGUAUAGCGAACGACACCCAAUCCCUACCAUAUCGAAAUACAGAGAGGAAAGGGAGGCGAGACAGCAAGAUGCACUAAAGAACGACGUGGAGAGCCCGGAUCAACGUCCUUCUCGGGCCAAAGAAAGAGAAGCUGGGAGUUCCGAUGACGAAGCAGAAGAUUUUCAGUCUGAAAACGAGGCAGCUAUCCAGGACACAUCGCAAGUUGAUCCUGCCGCAAUCAAUCCACGAAAAAAGAACAAGGAUUCCCAGAAAGAAAGGGCGGAACGCGAGGUCACGGAUCCCGUCACUCACCUCCCCGUGAAGAUUCACGACUUCACUGACGGCGCCCUCAAAGAACUGGACGAAAACGAGGUCCCAUUUGAACAGUCAAAAAGAACCUUGAGUGGUAUCGAUGAGAAGAACAAGUCCGAGGCCGAACUACGCAAGGAACAAGACGGUUCACAAGAGAAACAUCAUGCCUUGAUGAAUCAGUUCCCGCCACCUGACCUCGACUUCUUACGCAAGGAAGUCGUUGCGGCAAGCAGCCGUGGCUUUGUGAUUUCUUUAGCCGGUGCAUGCGGCAUCUUGGUUACUACCUUUGUUACUCGCGAAGCAAUUUUUACAAAUGUGCAUCGGGAUGGAGGAUGGACAGCUGUUGCUCAGCGGUUAUUGCCAUGGCUUGCUCUGGUUACCGUCAGCGCAGGAAUAUUCUCUGUCUUUAUCUUCGGCGUGAGGGAUUGGACGGCCAAAAAGGUCGAUAGCGCAAUCCAAGACGAGGUCUGGCGCUCGCAGCGCCGGCAGAUGAAACGCGAGGCCAAGAAAUACGAAAGGGAGACUACCUUGUGGCUCAAUUCCUUGCUGAGCUCAGUCUGGCCGCUCAUCAACCCCGACCUCUUUACCAGUCUGGCAGACACCCUUGAAGAUGUCAUGCAAGCUUCUUUGCCCAAAAUGGUACGCAUGGUCAGCGUGGAAGAUAUUGGCCAAGGCAGCGAAUCGCUGCGCAUCCUCGGUGUUCGAUGGCUGCCCACUGGAGCUGCUGCACAAGCCGUAACGGAAGAUGGGAAGAUUAUCUCACACAAAGACAAGGACAGUCGCAGCAAUUCGGAGCUGGGCGAAGAGGAAGAGCCUGAUAGUAAAAGCGAUAAGUCCGUUUCUCGGGGCAUGGCAGCUGAGGAAGGUGACUUUAUCAACCUGGAGGUUGCUUUUGCAUACAGGACUCGAUCCACCAGCAAGUCAUUCAAGGAGCGAAGCAAAAACAUGCACCUCUACUUGGCCUUUUAUCUGCCCGGAAACUUGAAGAUACCCGUCUGGGUUGAUCUGCAUGGAGCGGUCGGCACCAUGAGGCUGCGCCUACAGCUGACGCCUGAUCCCCCGUUUUUCGAUCUCUGUACGUUGACACUGCUUGGCCAACCAAAAGUGGAUUUAAGCUGUGUGCCCCUGAGCAAGCAUGCCUUGAAUCUUAUGGAUGUGCCCUUUAUAAGCAAUUUCGUGCAGUCGGCAGUUGACGCAGCCAUGGCGCAAUAUGUCGCUCCAAAGAGUCUGACGCUGGAUCUCAAAGAUAUGCUCGCCGGCGAUGACUUCAAAAAGGACACAUACGCCAAAGGUGUUCUUAUGGUCAAUAUCAAGCGUGGUUACGAUUUCAAGAUAGGAGAUUCAGGCAUACCACUGAUCAAAGACUCCAGUUCAGAUCCAUAUGUGUCUGUUGGAUGGGCAAAAUUUGGCAAGGUUCUCUGGAGCACGCGCAUUUUAACGUCUGAAAUGGAACCAUAUUGGGAUGAGACUUGUUUUGUGCUGGUCACCCCUGAAGAGCUAAACAUCAACGAAAGGCUCCGCCUUCAGCUGUGGGACUCUGAUCGGUUUACGGCGGAUGACGACCUCGGGAGAAUUGAGGUUGACCUCAAAGAGCUGAUGCAAAACGAGGAGUCGAAUGGGCGCAUGUGGCAACGCACAGAUGGAUUUAGAGCACUGAAAUCUGGCCACGACAUGCCGGGGAAACUCGAGUGGAGUGUUGGGUACUUUUCAAAAGCAAGACUCCAGAAAUGCCAAUUCGAGCAACAGACUCACGACCCAGAAGUUAGAUCAAUGGAGCAGCUUAAAGAAAAGGUCAGCAACAGCUGCGAGCGGAAACUUCGAGAAGCCAUGCUCAAACAUUCGUCAUCCGAUCGCGAUGAUAGCGAGCUAGAACAGCAGAAGAUGCAGGAAAUGAAGUCGGAACAAGAUGCGAUGAUCAUAUCGGCGCCGCCGCCCGACGGAUAUCCAAGUGGCAUCUUCAGCCUGCAGAUUCACAACAUCACCGGACUCGAAGUUCCGCAGCUAAACAAAAGCUUGAAGGACAAGGAUGGCAAUGCCAGCGACGAAGAGACUGGCGAGGGUCUGCCCAGCGCCUACUGCACCGUAAUUGUUAACCAUAAGAAAACCUACAAAACGCGAACCAAGCCGCAAAACACAAAGCCCUUUUUCAACGCAAUUUGCGAGCGCUUCAUUCGAGACUGGAGGUCCUGCGAAGUCUAUGUCUCCGUGAGGGAUGCCAGGUUGCACGAGGACGACCCAUUAUUGGGCAUUGUCCAUCUGCCUCUGAGCGAAGUGUUCAAGGAACGCUCUCAGAGAAAUGGCUUUUGGCCCAUCUCCGGAGGCAUUGGCUAUGGGAAGAUCAGACUGUCCAUGGUAUGGCGCAGCGUCCAACUUCAAGCGCCGCGCAACCUCGUCGGGUGGCAGUAUGGCACAGUGAAUGUGCAACCUGUCGCAACGAGCUCAGAUUGCCCCGAGGAUCUGAGAUACGCGAAGCUGAAGCUGAAGACUGACAUCAGCAGCGGCAAAAUGUAUUCUCGCGGAUCCGGAGAGGCGACGUGGGCGACGAGUAAGGAUCGGCCUCUCAGUCUGGCUGUUCAGAAACGAUACAGCGGCUGCUUAUCCAUUGCCUUCAAAGAUAAGAAAGUGCUGGGAGACAAAGUGUCUGCUUUUAGUGUGUGCUGGCUGAAGGAUAUUCCAGAUGGGGAAAAUUUGAUACUCGAUCUAGCCAUCUGGAAAGGCGAUUUCAAGAGGGCGACAUCGUGCUGCCUGGAUCAAUGCGGAGAAAGAAUUGGGACGCUCAGUCUCAAGGCGACAUUCUGGCCGGGCAUGGGCGCUGCGCAUUCCGAAUGGGCCAAUAGCAGCGAUCAAAUACGAGAUGUUGUUGAAGUAAUCGAUGCUGCAAGAGAUAAUCUCAGAGACGACGACAUGGAAAGAGCUGCAGGAAUUGUGGACGAGGAAAUCUCAAGCGACAGCGAUAGCUCUGAUGAAGAUGAAUACAUACCAGAUGGUAGCGCGGACCAUAAGCAGGGCCCCAUAGACCAAGUACGGGAUUACAAACGGAGAGAUAAAGCCUUACACAGACAGCAUCGAGGCCUCAUGCAAUGGAAGGUGCCUCGAACCGCGAAAUGGGUGAAGCACCAGGUGGACAAGGUGGAAGAUAGUGUUACUAGCAUGCUUGAUCACAGAAACAAGGAGGCUGGGAUUGAGACUGAGGUAUAA